AGGGAAGCGUCAGGCAUCAACUCAACCUGAAUUUCUAACACCAGCACUAAGUGGGGCCCAAGCUCCACUGCGCUCUUUUUUUAAGCUUUUGUCGGCUCCGUUGGGGCCCACAAUCCUCUUUCUCCUUCUCUCUCUUUAUCUCUAUUUCUGUGUGGGUGUGUCUGUAAAAACUAAAAACAAUAAAAACAAGUAGCUAGUGAGUAAUUUAAUAUAGUAACAAAGCAUUCCACAUGUGUGGCCUGGCUACUCCGCGCGUGCCAUGUCAUACUCCACACGAGUGGUCGUACGGGUCACACUUGGCUAAGCCCAACCAUGAAACAGCUAUCGACAAAUGUCUCACAGCAAACCCGAAUAUUUAAAAACUAAAAAACAACACCAACUUGAAGACUAGAAAGUGAAUCAACCUCUCUCUCUCUCUCUCUCUCACACACACACACACACAUUCUCUCUCAUGGCACCAACUCUCUCUCUCUCUCUCUCUCUCUCUAGAUAUGAAUGAAAGCCAUCAAGAUAUCCAGACCUGAGAAUAACAACCAUUCAGCAAGAAGAAGAAGAAGAAGAAGAAGAAGAAGAAGAAGAAGAAGUGGGAGAUCGAUAUAGCUUGGUUCUUGUUCUUCAACUCCAUCUUCAAUCAUCUGUAAAAGAAAGAGAAGCUUUGCAUGGAUACUGCUCAGUGGCCUCAGGGAAUAGGGUUGGUGAAACCCAUGGAAGAGUUCUUAGGGAGCAACACCACCUCCAGCACUGCCUCUGGCACCAUCAGCAACACAAGACCAGCAUCUGCAUCAAUGGAGAGGAGGGCAAGACCUCAAAAGGAACAAGCACUCAACUGCCCAAGGUGCAACUCCACCAAUACAAAGUUCUGCUACUACAACAACUACAGCCUGACACAACCCAGAUACUUUUGCAAGACCUGCAGAAGGUACUGGACUGAAGGUGGCUCUCUCAGGAAUGUCCCUGUUGGUGGUGGCUCCAGAAAAAACAAAAGAACCUCCACAUCAACCACCACCACCUCCUCUUCCACCACCACCACCACCUCUACCACCGCCACCACCACCACUAACACCACCUCUCAACCUUCCAUUAAGUUUCAUCAAGGUCAAGACCUCAACUUAGGCUUCCCACAUCCAUCAACUAUACCAGAGUUUGGUGAACUCCCAAGCAUGGAUAGUGGAAGCAAUAGUACCAACCCAUCCACUGCUCUUUCAGCAAUGGAAUUACUGCGAAGUGGGAUGUCUGGCAGGGGUCUCGGCCCUUUCAUUCCUAUGCCUAUGUCUAUGCCAGAGGCUGGUGCAGUUGCCUUUACACAUGGUUUUGGGAUGCAUGAGUUCAGGCCUCCCACUUUGAACUUCCCUCUAGUUGAUGGUACUGGUCCGGGUGCUAAUGAAUAUGGUGGCAUGCAAGGAGUACAAGAGAAUGCUGGUAGGUUACUGUUUCCUUUUGAGGAUUUAAGGCAGGUGCCUUCAGGCAGUGGUGGUGAUCAGAGUGGAGGACAUGGAGGUGAUCCUCCUCCUGCCUACUGGAAUGGGAUGAUUGGUGGUGCUGGUGGAGGAGCAUGGUAAUUAACAUGCAUGAAGAAAGGAAAGAACUGAAUAUAUAUAUAAAUAUUUAUGACUUAGUUUGAAGUUUCUUCAAGACUAACAGCAAAACAAGAUACAUGGAGUCUCCCUUCUCUUCUUAAUCCUUUCUUCAUUUCCAUCAUGGAAAUGUGAAGCUCCUUUUUUGGGUUGGCUUCAAGAGGAACUUAACUGCUUGCUUUGGAGUUGCCAGCGUUUAUUAUUUUUUGCCCCCCCCUUUUUUUUUUUCUUUCUCUUCUACCCUGCAGGUUGGCUAACAUGGAAGAUAACCCCCAUUCCUUUUAGAUUAUUGCACCAUAUAGCAAAGGAGUGAAGGAUGAGGCUCAUGAUCCAUGUGUUUAGUUAAUAUGUUGUGCUUUGGAAUAAUGUCCAUGUUUUAAUUUCUUUUCUUUCUUUCUGUUUUUUCAUGAGUGUGUGCGCAACUUUAGCAACAAGAAUAUGAACCUAAGACUCCUCUCUCUCUCUCUCCCUCCACUGUCUUUAUUUGUUUAUUUAAAUUAUCAAACAAGGGCUUGAUGAGUGUAUUAUAUAUUAACCUUCCUUCA